AUGGGAACUGAAAGAAGAAAAACAAAAAGAUACACUUUCAAGAGUCCAAAGAUAGAAGAAUUGAGAAAGUUAGGAUCCUUAAUUGCCAAUCAAGAGAGUUUUUGUGACAAGUAUGGAAAGUUGUUGUAUCUCCUCAAAACAAAGAUAAAAGAAGGGAUUCUCUCUACAUUGGUCCAAUCCUAUGAUCCCUUGUAUCAUUGUUCCACCUUCCCUAAUUAUCAACUUUUGCCAACAUUGGAAGAGUAUGCAAGUAUCAUAGGAUUGCCCAUUACUGGAAAGAUUCCCUUUACUGGUUUAGAAGGAGACACCAAGUCUCAUGACAUUGCCAAGUUCUCUCAUUUAAGGAAUGAUGAGAUUGAGAAGAAUAUGGUCACCAAAGGAGGAUUACUUGGAUUGCCUGCUCAAUUUCUGAUCGAGAAAGCUCUUGCCUUUUCAAAAGAAGAAAGAAUGGAUGACUUUGAAGCUAUCUUUGCCAUGCUUGUUUAUGGACUGUUCUUGUUCCCAUAUAGUGAAAACUUCGUUGAUAUUAAUGCAAUCAAAGUCUUCAUGAAAGGAAACCAUGUUCCUACUUUGCUUGGGGACACUUACUAUUCCAUUCACUUGAGGAAUUCCUAUGGAAAGGGAAUGAUUACCUAUUGUACUCCUUUUCUAUACAAGUGGUACAUCUCUCAUUUUCCAAACACCAAUGAUUUUUGGGACCUUCAAGAACGACAAAGGUGGUCUCAAAAGAUUAUGACUCUCACCAAAACUGAUAUUAUCUGGACCAACAACUCCUUCUGUAGGAUGAAAACCCUAGAUAGCUGGGGUGAUUUUCCUAAUGUAACUCUUCUUGUUAUGAAAGGAGGAAUCAGUUAUAGUCUCGUUUUAUCUUGUCGUCAAUUUGGUUUCCCUAUGGACAAAAGACCAAGGAAUAUUUUAUUGGAUGGAUUCUUCUUUGAAUAA